UGUGUCAGUCGCGCGACGCUCGCCGAAGUGGCCGCACGUCGUUUUUAAGCGAAAUUAUCACGAAAUAAAAUAAUGAGCAAUGUAUCGAAUAUAGACAUCGACAAACUAAUAAAGUGCGUGAAAUGUCGGCCGACGUUGUAUAGCAGGAACGGGAGAUAUGAGACGGGGCAUCAGCAACGGAAAAAGCGUCUGUGGUUGGAAGUCUGUGCGGAAUUGAAUCCGGACUUUCAUAAGAUGAGUGCGACGCAAAGGCAGGAAUAUGAUAGCGAAGUUUACAAGCGUUGGCGAAGCCUGAGGACAUGUUUCACGAGGGAGCUGGCGCUGCAGAAGAAAGAGAAGAUAGAGAAAACGACAAAAAGGAGAAAGAUAUACGAGAAUUUCGAUGCGCUCAGGUUUUUGCUUGUAGAUUGUGGGGAAGAUGCGAGCGCAUAUCAAGACGAAUCAAUUCAGAUACUACAAUUCGACAGUGAGGAAGAUACACCAGAGUUUGAAGACUUAGACGAGUCUUCGAGAGGCGAAGGUACACUUCAGAACAUAAAAUCCGAAGUUGAGAUAGAGAGUUAUCCUGAAAGUGAAGUUUUCUUUAACACGCCCAAUUCCGUCAAGGAAACGGUACGAGGAAGCACGCGCGACACUUUGGACGUUUCUUUAAGACAAGAAAGCGACAGUGACAAGCUAUUCAUGUUAUCUUUGAUACCAAGUUUUAGAAGAAUACCUACCAAAAAGAAGUUAGCUGCUAAAAUUGCAUUGUUGAAAGUUAUGGAGAGUUUCCAAGAAGAUUAAAUUAAAGGAGUUGAAGAAAAGUUGAUGUCCGAUACUUUGGACGUUUUGUCAGCACAAGAAAGGGACAGUGAUAAGACGAAUAUUUAUGUUAUCUUUGAUACCAAGUUUUAGAAGAACUCCUCCCAGAAAAAAUGUUAGCUGCGAAAAUUUUAUUGUUGAAAGUUAUGCAGAGUUUCCAAGAUGUUUAAACGUAGUUAAAAAAACGGGAUACAAUUUUUGAUACUUUAGAGUUUGAUACAUUGGACGUUUCGUCAAGACAAGAAAGCGAAAUGAUAAGCUGUUCAUGUUAUCUUUGAUACCAAGUUUUAGAAGAAUAACUCCCAAAAAGGAAUUAGUUGCCAAAAUAGCAUUUUUUAAAGGUAUGCAGAGUUUCCAAGAUGAUUAAAUAAACGAAGUUAAACAAACUGCAUACGAUGUGUCAUACUUUGGACGUUUCGUCAAGAUAAGAAAACGAAAGCUAUUCGUGUUAGCUGCGAAAAUUGGAUUGUUGAAUGUUAUGCCGAGUUUUAAAGAAAAUUAGGAAGAAAUGACGCCAAAGAAACAGUACAAGAUAUUAUGCAGAGAUU